AAUGUAAAAAGUUCGGAGCGCGCCACGUCUACACCUCUCACCGUUCCUCGUUCUCGCUCCAUGUCUCCGUCUCCGUCUUCGUCUCCGCCUCCGCCUCCGGCCUCGUCCUUCUCAUGAGAUCCCGCGCCGCCAUCGCCGGAGCUCCGUUUCCCCCAUGAGGGAUGCCUUUCACCCGCCUCCUUCUCCGCCGCUUCGCCUCGACAUCUCCCUGCUCUGGAAGCACUGUUCAAACCCUCCAUCCGGCGAGAUUGCAGCGAAGAGUCCAUGCUCUCCGAUGGUAUUCGACGGGGUUCUCAAGUGUGCAUGGGGAACGGCCGUCGCCGGAGUAUGCGAAGCGGAGGAAAGAGUCGCUGGAGAGGGAGUUCAGGCAAAUGGUUGGAACCUUUGGCGCGAAGAAUCUGUUUGCUUACUAUAGAUUUGGACCUUUCCUGGCCUUGUAUCGUGCUGCCAUCAUUUCAUUUCAGGUUGCUAAAUUGACUGUAUGGCACUUCUUUCUCCGUGAUAUCCAUAAACGUGCCUCAAAGUUUCGGGAGACGUUAAUACGUUUGGGGCCCUUCUAUAUCAAGCUUGGGCAAGCAUUAAGCACACGACCUGAUAUUUUACCAAAUGCCUACUGCAUAGAACUUUCCAAGUUGCAGGACCAAAUUCCACCUUUUCCUACUCGUAUUGCAAUCAAAUCUAUUGAGUCUCAAUUGGGUGCCCCCAUUUCUCAAAUAUUUGCUGAUAUCAGUGCAAAACCUAUUGCGGCAGCAUCUUUGGGACAAGUGUAUAAAGCUCAUUUACAUUCUGGCGAGCUUGUAGCUGUUAAGGUUCAGAGACCGGGUAUGACACUUUUGCUAACCCUUGAUGCACUAUUAUUUCAUAUGAUUGGGGGGCAAUUGAAGCGAUUUGCCAAAGCUCGGAAAGAUUUAUUGGUUGCAGUGAAUGAGAUGGUCAGACAUAUGUUCGAGGAAAUUGAUUAUGUUCUAGAAGCGCAAAAUGCUGAACGAUUUGCUUCUCUAUAUGCUUGUGGCCCAAGCAAUGACCAGACAAAUCACUAUAGAGGAUCGACCAUUAAGGUUCCGAAAAUAUACUGGAACUUCACACGGAAAGCAGUGCUUACAAUGGAGUGGGUAGAUGGCAUCAAACUCACUGAUUCUGACCGGAUUAGUGAAGCAUGUUUAAAUCGGAAGAAGUUGAUUGAUCAAGGUGUUUACUGCUCUUUGAGGCAACUCCUAGAAGAAGGGUUUUUUCAUGCAGACCCACAUCCUGGGAAUCUUGUCGCUACUGCUGAUGGAUGUCUUGCAUACUUUGACUUUGGCAUGAUGGGGGAUAUUCCCCGCCAUUACCGAGUAGGACUAAUCCAAGUGCUUGUACACUUCGUCAAUCGUGACUCUCUGGGCUUAGCUAAUGACUUCCUAUCUCUGGGAUUUAUUCCUGAUGGGAUAGAUAUACAUUCAGUGGCAGAUGCCUUGCAUGCAUCAUUUGGUGAUGGCACCAGACAAUCAAAUGAUUUUCAGAGUAUAAUGAACCAGCUGUAUGAUGUGAUGUAUGAGUUCAACUUCUCCCUGCCGCCUGACUAUGCUCUGGUGAUAAGAUCAUUGGGUUCUCUAGAAGGGACUGCAAAAGCAUUGGAUCCUGGCUUUAAAGUUGUUGAAUCUGCUUACCCUUUUGUCAUUGGAAGGCUUCUUACAGAUCCAAAUCCUGACAUGCGGAAAAUACUAAGGGAGCUUCUUAUCCGUAAUGAUGGUUCUAUUCGCUGGAAUCGUCUUGAACGUCUGAUAGCAGCAAUCUCUGAGCAGUCUUCUGAGUCGGAGAAUGAUAAUACAGAUUCUCCAAAUAUCCAAGGAUGGAAAUCUUUUAACAUACGUUCUGUGGUUGCUGCUAGUGAAGAUCUUUUCAAUUUUAUCUUGUCUGAGAAAGGUCGAAGAGUUCGAGUUUUUCUAGUUCAGGACAUCCUUAAAGCUGCAGAUGCUUUUCAAAAUGAAGAGGCACUUUGUAUUUUCUACGAGAAACAGGGGACCGGAGACCAAUCUGUAGAGGACAAUGCUAUGAUUGCAAGGUUAUUGAAGGGAUUUCAAUCUUUUCGACAAGCUGUGAACUUGGCACCUGAAGUAUGGUUUGCAAUGCUGAUACGCAUGCUUUUGAAGCCUGAGGUUCAUAAGUUUCUUUUAGACAUUGUCACAGCCUUGGUUAAACACUCACGUUACAGGAUACCGGAAACAUUUUGGUUAUGUCUGUCUAGGUUUCUACACAGAUCAGAGAACAGUGAGGUUACAAGAACAUGAACCAAUCUUUUUUACUCAUUCUUUUUCAUUCUAACAUGAAACAUGGUUGUAGAAGCCCCUGCUUGUCACUCUCUCAUUCUGGCGAUGCUCAAGAGUUUUCUAUCCAAAAUAUCUCUGUUCAUAAUGAUCAAUAGCUCUUUAAAGCAGAAUCAGGCAAUGAAUCAACGUAUGGACCGCCUUUGGUUGAAUGCCGUAUAAUCAACGGCUCGAUCUGUCCAGAAAAAGCGGCCAUUGCAAAACUGAUGACCAUUGGUUUGGCACACAAGAAAAGUCUAGUGAUCUCCAUCCAGGAACAACAUUGAUAGUGAUUGAAACAGUUACUGAUGAUGCAAUGGUCACCACCAGUAUUAUUUCUUUCUAACAAUCAGUAUGGGACUUGGUCUUUGCAGGCAUCACUAUAUCCAUAAAUUUUAAAUGUCAUUCUCCACUAGUUAAUUCAAUGGUUGUCUUUCCCUUUAUUUUUUCUCACUUCCAGAGAAGCAGGUCAGAGUGGUGCCGGGUCUAUGUUCAAUCAUGCUGAAGAAUGAAUAAAUUCAAGCCGUUUAUGUUACUUUUUCACUUUUUUUUUUUCUUUCUCUUUUUUGGUAAAUGUUUGACUCAGUCUGAAUCUCAACUGUGGCUAUUCAAGUUGUAAUCAGGGCUUAUUCUUUUUGUUCUUUU